AUGUCGAUGCUAAGGCCUUUUAGAACUGAAAGCGCCGCCAAAGAGUUUCAACCCUCGUCUUCCUUCCUCUCCGGCGGCCGGCGCUCCUCGCCACCACCGGGAGAGGAUCUCCUCUGCUUCUGUUUCUUCUUUCCGGCAAUCUCUCCGUUUUGUUCAGUUUUCAUCGGAGGGGAUUUUGGUUCGUCUCGAGCUCGUGUGGAGGUCCUCUUCUUCACGGUGUGGGGAUCUGGUGUGGGGGUGGAGCGUGGCGCUUCGGCUCCUUCCUCCUGUGCUCUGAUCUUUCCCCUCGGCGUUUCUCAUGAAGAGAUCUUCAUCAGAUCUGGUCGGCUGGCGUUUCAUGGAGGCUUUGAGAACGAACUUCUCUCGCUGUCGGUCCAAGAUGGUGGAUCUCCUUUCUUCUGA